AUGAGGGUCCUCGCGCUCCUCCUCCUACUAUGGAUCUCUGCCGCCGCCACUGCAUCCCGUCCGCCGCUCGAGACCCUCGGCAUCCCUCCGCAAGAUGAGGCGUACUACAGGGGCGGCGUGAUCAAGUGCAGGGACGGAUCGGGCAAGUUCACCAGGGAUCAGCUCAACGACGACUUCUGCGACUGUCCCGACGGCACCGACGAGCCAGGGACAUCCGCGUGCCCGGAGGCGAAAUUCUACUGCAAGAAUACCGGACAUUCUCCAAUCACCAUCUUCUCGUCGCGAGUGAAUGAUGGUAUAUGCGAUUGCUGUGACGGGAGUGACGAAUACGGUAGCAAUGGCACUUGCAAGAAUACAUGCUGGGAAGCUGGCAAGGCGGCGAGGGAGAAGUUAAAGAAGAAAGUAGCUACAUAUAAAAGUGGUGUCGUUAUUCGGAAUCAGGAAGUUGAAAAGGCCGAAUUGGCAAUUGCGAAAGAUGAAGCAGAGUUAACAAAACUGAAGGGUGAAGAGAAGAUACUCCAGGGGCUUGUCGACAAGCUCAAAGUUUUAUGUGUCCAAUACUGUUCAUGCUGUGCAGAGCAAAAGAGAUUAAUAGAAAAGGCAGAGGAAGAGGAGCGCCUAAUAAAAGAGAAGGAAGAAAAGAGAAUUAAAGAAGAAGCUGAAAAACAAGCAGCUGAGGAAAACAAAGCACCUGAUGCCUCUCAGGAAGCAGAUUCUCAGGACACUAAUGAGAAGGCACAAGAAGAUGAAAGCAAGGUAGUUGAACAUCAUGAUGGAGAUAUCACGGACCAUGACAAUCACUCACCAGAAGGCGAGACAUCUGUUGAAGUGCCUGACAUUAAAGCUGGGACUGGAGAUGAUGAACCACCGGUGGAGACAUCUGCAGUACCUACCGAGGAGCAGGACCCUACUUCUGUCAACUCUGAAGGUUUGUCAAAGGCGGAAUUGGGUCGUCUGGUAGCUUCUCGCUGGACUGGAGAAAAUGUAGAUGAUGUUGGUAAAAGCGAUAAAAAGGGCCAUGAGGAUGAGCUGGAUAUUCCAGAACCUGCAGAAGAAGCAUUUGAAGAUGAGCAUGAUAUACCAGAACCCGUAGAAGAAAAUUAUGCUGGCUAUCAUUCAGAAGUUGAGGAUGAUAGGCACAAAUUUGAAGACGAAGAGUUGUCUAAUGUAUCAGAUGAUGAAUAUGUUGAUGAUCAUGAAGAACCGGAUGUGUCCUAUAAAUCUGAUGACGACCGGAAAGGUGAUGACCAUUCAGAUUUAACUGCCUCAGGACAAGCAUCAUGGCUGGACAAGAUUCAGCAAACUGUACAGAAUGUUUUACAGAAAUUCAACUUUUUCAAGACCCCUGUUGAUUUAUCAGAGGCUGCUCAUGUUCGGAAGGAGUACGAUGAUGCUAGCUCAAAGCUGUCCAAAAUUCAAUCUAGGAUAACCUCUCUGACAGAUAAGCUAAAGCAAGACUUUGGUAAGGAGAAGGAGUUCUAUUACUUUUAUGACCAGUGCUUUGAGGGCAAGGAGGGCAAGUAUGUUUACAAGGUCUGUCCAUACAAGAAAGCUUCACAGGUUGAAGGACACAGUUCCACUAACCUGGGGCGCUGGGACAAAUUUGAAGAAUCCUACAGGAUGAUGCACUUUUCAAGUGGAGACAAAUGCUGGAAUGGCCCUGACCGAAGCCUAAAGGUCAGGCUUAGAUGUGGGCUGAGCAACGAACUUAACGGUGUCGAUGAGCCCAGCAGAUGCGAGUACGUCGCUGUACUGUCAACUCCUGCAAUGUGUGUUGAAGAGAAGCUGAAGGAGCUGCAACAGAAACUCGAUGCUGUGGCUUCAGACCUGUCCGGCCACGACGAGCUCUAA